AUGUCUGCAGAGCAUCCCAAGCAAGAGAAAAGCGAUUAUCUUGACGAGGAAUUUAGGUUUGCAGAAGAGAACCAAUUUAAUCCACAGAAACGACCCAGAGAAGAAGAAGAAGAGGAUGAAAAUGAUCAAGAUGAUGCAGAAGCAAAUGAUGGAGCUAGGAUAGCUGAUCGUGGUAAUGUGAAAAGACCUCAAAUUAAGACAGAAGCUGGGAGCGAAGUUGAUACCAUUGUAGGCAUUGACAAAAACGAUAACAACAAUAACAAUACCAAUAAUAAUAAUAAUAAUAAUAUUGAUGAUGAUGAUGAAGAAGUAGAGGCAGGUGCAGAAGUUCAAGAAGAUAUCAACGAGGGGAAUGAAAAAGGAAACGAAAAUGGUGACAAUGACAACGACAACGACAAAGAUGAUGAUGAAGAAGAAGACGAUGAUGACGAGGAAGAAGAAGAAGAAGAGGAAGAAGAAGAAGUUUCUAAUAGAAGGAAAAGAAGAAAUAGAGGAGCAAACCAAUUUUUUGAUAUCGAAGCAGAAGUUGAUGACGAGGAUGAAGAUGAUGCCGAGGAGGAUGACGAAGAGGCGGAGAUAUUUAGGGAACAAUUUAUCAGCGAUGAUCAUACUCAUGGCGACGAAGAAGCCCAACAUGGAGACGAUAGAUUACAUCGCGAAAUGGAUCGUCGACGCCAAGCCGAGGAGGACCAAGAUGCUGAAAAGUUGGCAGAGACUUUGAAACAGAGGUAUAAGAAAACGCAUGGUGCCUAUAGAGGAGAGUCUGCUGCCAACGGUGUUGUUUCACAGAAGCUUUUGAUGCCUUCCAUCAACGAUCCUGCGAUUUACGCCAUCCGAUGCUCUCCAGGAAAGGAGAAAGAAAUAGUGCGCAAGUUGUAUGAGAAAAAGAGGACUUUAGAGCGACAAAAUACUCCUUUGGACAUUCUCACUGUAUUCCAAAGAGAUUCUUUCCGUGGUUACGUUUAUAUCGAAGCCAAGCGUCCAGAUGCAAUUGACAAGGCGUUGCAAGGUAUGGUAAACAUUUAUACUAGAGAUAAGUUGUUGGUCUCAGUUAAGGAGUAUCCAGAUCUUUUGAAGCAAGUUAAAUCUUCUGAUGUGGAAUUGAAACCCGGUGUUUAUGUCAGGAUUGCUAGAGGUAAAUACAAAGGUGAUCUUGCUAUCGUGGAUAACUUGUCCGAGAAUGGUUUAGACGUGAGAUGUAAAGUGGUGCCCAGACUUGAUUAUGGAAGAAAUGACGAAGUAGAUGAAGAUGGCAGAGUCAUCAAACUGAGACUUAAACCACCACCUCAGAGAUUUGACCCACAAGCUGCAAAGAUGUUUGAUGGGUUGAAUUUGCAACAAAAAGGUGCAAGGGUUUACGUUUACAAGGGCGAGGAGUAUGUUGACGGGUACUUGUACAAAGAUUUCAAACUUCAAUAUAUCCAAACACAAGAUGUUCAGCCAACCUUGGGAGAGCUCGAAAAAUUUCAGGCUGGAAGCAAUGAAGAUGCUUUGGAUUUGAAACAAAUCGUUGACUCAAUGAGAAACAAAAGUUCAGGCGAGACUUCGCAAUCGACACCAUUUCAGCCAGGGGACAAAGUUGAGGUGCGUAGAGGGGAACAAGCAAAGACAGUGGGUACAGUGGUGGAAGCAUCGUUGCGUGAAAUCAUAAUCAAAGUUACCAACAGUAGUGAUCCCCAGUUUAUCAACAAAAGGCUUACAAUUCCGCCUAGCGAUCUUCGAAAGAUCUUCGAUGAAGGUGACCACGUUCGUAUUGUGGAAGGAAAACAUUCUGAUGAAACUGGUUUAGUCAUCAAAAUUGAAGGUGAUUCAGUACUUCUUGUCAGUGACCAGAGCAAGGAGGACGUCAAGGUGUUUGCGAACUAUUUAGUCAAGGCAACUGAUGCAUCAUCUACUGUAGAAAAGAGAGUAGGUUCCGGUGCUUCAAAGUACGACAUCAAGGACCUUGUUGAGUUGAGUGCUGCCACUGUAGGUGUGAUUGUCAAAGCAGAAAGUAACAUUUUUGAGGUGCUUACUUCAGAUGGAAGACUAAUUGACGUUAGACCCUCAGCAAUUGCCUCCAAAGUGAAGCAAAGUCGCCGAGAGCAGAUUGCUACAGAUAGAAACGGUUUCACUAUAAAAGUGGGAGAUACUGUUAAAGAGUCGAGUGGCGAGAAGGGAAGAGAAGGUGUAAUUCUCCAUAUUUACAAAAAUACGUUGUUUGUUAAGUCCAAUGACAUUAUUGAAAAUUUGGGUAUCUUUGUUGCAAACCGAAUGGGUGUCAGUACUGUUUCCACAAAGGACUCAAUGGUUUCGAAGAGUUUUGGUCCAGAUCUCACAAGCAUGAAUCCCAACAUCAAGGCUCCAGAAAAUCUCGCUAUGCAGGGUCUUAAAACGCGUGCAGGCGGAAGAGAUAAACUAUUGUACAAGGACGUUGCAAUUACAGUUGGAAGCUACAAAGGCCUUAAAGGUAAAGUAUCUGAAGCUGAUGAUGUUUAUGCGAGAGUCGAAUUGCACACAAAGAGUAAAAAGGUGAAGGUUCCUAAAAAGGAUUUACUGGUUCUUAUUAGGGGCGAAGCUAUUCCAUAUUUGAAAUUUAUUGGUGGAGGAAGCAGUAGCGACCAGUCGGGACUGUAUCCACGUCCAAUGGGAUCUGGUAUACCGAGCGCCGUUGGUGGCAGAUCUGCUUGGAAUGGAGGUGCUACACCUGCUUUCAGCGGCGGAGCUACGGCAUGGGGCAGAGGUGGAGCUUCAGCAUGGAACGGGGGCGGAGGUAAGACUCCAGCACUGGGAAAUUAUGGAAGCGGUGGAGCUUCAAGUUGGGGUGGAGCUUCAGCAUGGAAUGGCGGCAGUAGCAUUAACAAUAACAAUAACAACAACAACAACAACAAUAAUAAUAAUAAUAACAGCAACAUUGGUGGCAAUGGCGGUGCAUCUUCUUGGAACACAGGAGGAAAUGCUUCUACAUGGGGUGGCGCCAGAAGCGGAGCAGGCUCAACUUGGGGCGGUGCUAGCAAAAAUAGUGGAUCUGUUUGGGGAGGAAAUAAAGGUAACGGGUCGACUUGGGGUGGUAGUGCGUCUAAAGGAAAUACUUCCUCGUGGGGAAAUAAUGGGGGUACGUCAGAAUGGGGCCGUGGUGGUAGUUCAACCUGGGGAAAGAAAGGAGGUAACAAUAGUACUUGGGGCAGUGGAUCUUGA